AUGACUUCAACAAUUCAAAAUCUACUCGUGAACAUCAAAGAAGAACGGAAAAAAAUAAAAAAUGAUGAAGACGAUGAUUUUAUACUUGUUCAAAAAAGUAAUAGUGAAUGGCCAAAAUUAUUUGAUACGUAUUUUUCAUCAACAACGACUCGCCUUGCUCAAACGUCAACUGGUAUAACAAGUGAUGAUGACCUAGUUUUUUAUGUUACACGAAAGACGGCAGAUAAUGUGCAAAAUUAUGCAUCAAGGUAUUCAGUAGAAGCUUUUCGUCAUCAUGAUACAAAACGUCAACCAAAAUUAGGAGCACCAGAAUAUGAUUGGGAAGAAACAACUAAUCUUAAUCUUGUUCUUCAUCAAUUUGAAUAUACAGUCACAACAGCUGUUUGUGUUAAACCAACUAAUCAACAUUUACAAAUUAUCAAACGUCUAUCAACUAGAGUAUAUGCAAGUCCAUCGUGUCGUGGUAUGGAAAAUAAAGGGAUAGAAGAAAUAAUAUCUUAUCCAAAUAUUUAUUUUACUGUUGAUAACUUUGAAGAUGUAUUUUGUGAAAUGUUUACCAACGAAGGUCAGAUUGUUUGCGUGGAGUUAAUAGCCAAAAACCCUGCUCUGAAUGAUGCAAAAGUUUUAUUUCUUGGUUCUAUUAAAUAUGAAGCUUUAAAACAAGUUUAUGAAACUCGAGCGACAACAAGUACUCGUGUUGCUCAACGAGUGUCAUUAGGAAUGUAUACGAAACGAAAAAUGGAAUUUGUUAGAAUGCGUGGACCGAACGGCAAAGGUCAUGCACAAAUGGCUGUUAGUCGAUUUCGACCGGCACAAUCUAAUAUAGCAAUAUCUGAAUCGAAUUCCACAACAUCAACUGCAAGUAUUAAUGAUGCUGAUAAUUGGAGUCAACGUCACAUGACUGAGAAUGGUUCAGCGAGUGAACCGAGUCUACCAACAUUCAAACAGCAAAAUACAGUUAUGCCAGAAGUUGAAUCAACUGAUAUUCAACAAGAACUAUCUCAUGAUGCAGGUGGUUUUCUCGGUCGUACAUUAAAUCAAGCGAUGGGCUGGAUGCGUAAAUCAAAUCCACGUCUUAAUCAAACAAUAAAUAGUCUUCCAUUGCAAACUUGUCUUACAUAUAUAUCAUUACCUUGCAAUCUGAUUGUUAAAGAUAUUCUUGAAUCAAAUUCUAUGCCUAUUCUUACUGUUCAAUGA